ACUCUUUGAAACAGAUGGUCAUCAUGUUUAGACAUUAACAGUCACAUAUGUAUAUGUCCAUUUGAAAAUGGCAGAGGGCAACAACAAUGAAGAGGUAAUUCACUUGAACAACUUUCACUGCCACCGGGGACAAGACUGGAUCAAUCUCAGAGAUGGGCCCAUCACCAUUUCUGACUCCUCUGAUGAGGAAGGGAUUCCAAUGCUGGUCACCCCGGCUCCUGAGCAACAUGAAGAAGGGGACCUGGAUGAUGAUGUCAUCCUUACAGAAACAUAUAAACCUCAGACAUCACGACCCAAUCUCAUCAAACCAGCUGCUCAGUGGCAAGAUCUGAAAAGAUUGGGAGAAGAGAGGCCUAAAAAGUCUAGAGCAGCAUUUGAAUCAGAUAAGAGCAGCUAUUUUUCAGUGUGUAACAACCCAUUGUUUGAUUCUGGGGUACAGGAUGAUUCCGAGGAUGACUACGGUGAAUUUCUGGAUCUUGGGCCUCCUGGAGUCUCUGAAUUCACUAAGCCAAGUGGCCAGACAGAAAAAGAACCCAAACCUGGACCAAGUCAUAACCAAGCAGCAAAUGACAUUGUCAACCCCAGAUCAGAGCAGAAAGUCAUUAUCUUGGAAGAAGGUGGCCUUCUUUUCUCAGAAAAUGAACCUUUGGAAGCUCAGAACCAAUCAUCUGAAGACUCAGAAACUGAACUUUUAUCAAAUCUUGGCGAGUCGUCUGCUAGUGUGGAUGAUCAGACCAUCGAAGAAGACUGCUGGUUAGAUCAUCCUUACUUCCAGCCUCUAAACCAACAGCCCCGUGAGAUAACAAACCAAGUUGUUCCUCAGGAGCGGCACCCUGAAGCAGAACUGGGUCCCUUGUUGUUUCAGCAUGAACUCCCAGGGCCAGCUUUUCCAAGACCAGAACCCCAGCAGGAUGGGAUUCCAGGCCCCUCUUCUCCUCAGCCUGCCCAUCCUCUAGGUGAGCUUGAAGAGCAACAGUUAGCAAUAGAUGAUGAAGAACCAGGUCCAGCCUUUCCAAUGCAAGGAUCUCAGGAGGCCAAUUUGGAAAACAUUUGGGGGCAAGAAGCUGCGGAAGUAGAUCGAGAACUCAUUGCACUAUUAGUAAAAGAAACGGAAGCAAGAUUUCCAGAUGUCGCAAAUGGAUAUGUUGAAGAAAUAAUUCAUUUGAAAAAUUAUUAUGAUUUGAAUGUACUUUGUAAUUUUCUUCUGGAAAAUCCAGAUUAUCCAAAGAGAGAAGAUAGAAUUAUUAUAAAUCCCAGUAGCAGCCUGCUGGCCAGCCAAGAUGAGACAAAGUUGCCUAAAAUAGAUUUUUUUGACUAUUCUAAAUUGACUCCUCUUGACCAACGUUGCUUCAUCCAAGCUGCUGAUCUCCUGAUGGCCGACUUCAAAAUGCUCAGCAGUCAGGACAUCAAGUGGGCCCUGCACGAGCUCAAAGGACACUAUGCAAUCACUCGAAAGGCCUUUUCUGAUGCCAUUAAAAAAUGGCAGGAGCUAUCACCAGAAACCAACGGAAAAAGGAAGAAGAGAAAAGAAAUGAAUCAGUAUUCUUACAUCGAUUUCAAAUUUGAACAAGGUGACAUAAAAAUAGAAAAGAGGAUGUUCUUUCUGGAGAAUAAGCGACGACAUUGUAGAUCUUACGACCGACGUGCCCUCCUUCCAGCUGUGCAGCAAGAGCAGGAGUUCUACGAGCAGAAAAUCAAGGAGAUGGCAGAGCAUGAAGACUUUUUGCUUGCCCUGCAGAUGAACGAAGAACAGUAUCAAAAGGAUGGCCAACUGAUUGAGUGCCGCUGCUGCUAUGGGGAAUUCCCAUUCGAGGAGCUGACACAAUGUGCAGAUGCUCACUUGUUCUGCAAAGAGUGUCUCAUCAGGUAUGCCCAAGAAGCAGUCUUCGGAUCUGGAAAGUCAGAGCUUAGCUGCAUGGAAGGCAGCUGCACAUGUUCAUUCCCAACCAGUGAACUGGAGAAGGUACUUCCUCAGACCAUCCUAUAUAAAUACUACGAGCGAAAAGCGGAGGAAGAAGUUGCUGCAGCCUAUGCUGAUGAGCUUGUCAGGUGCCCCUCCUGUAGCUUUCCUGCUCUGUUGGACAGUGAUGUGAAGAGGUUCAGUUGUCCUAAUCCUCGCUGCCGAAAGGAAACCUGUAGGAAGUGUCAGGGAUUGUGGAAAGAACAUAAUGGCCUCACCUGUGAAGAGUUGGCUGAAAAAGAUGACAUCAAGUACCGCACAUCUAUUGAAGAAAAAAUGACUGCUGCUCGCAUUAGAAAAUGCCACAAGUGUGGGACCGGUCUCAUCAAAUCCGAGGGCUGCAAUCGCAUGUCUUGCCGCUGCGGGGCCCAAAUGUGCUACCUCUGUCGAAUAUCUAUCAAUGGAUAUGACCAUUUCUGUCAGCAUCCCCGCUCACCAGGUGCCCCUUGCCAGGAGUGUUCAAGAUGCUCUCUCUGGACCGACCCUACUGAAGACGAUGAGAAGCUAAUUGAGGAAAUCCAGAAGGAGGCUGAAGAGGAACAGAAGAGAAAGAAUGGAGAGAACACCUUCAAGCGCAUCGGGCCCCCGCUGGAGAAGCCUCCCGAGAAGGUGCAGCGGGUGGAAGCCCUGCCCAGGCCCGUCCCGCAGAACCUGCACCCGCCGCAGAUGCCGCCCUAUGCCUUCGUGCACCCACCCUUCCCCCUGCCGCCCGUCCGGCCCCUGUUCAACAACUUCCCCCUCAACAUGGGCCCCAUCCCCGCACCCUACGUGCCGCCUCUGCCCAAUGUGCGCGUCAACUACGACUUCGGCCCCGUCCAUGUGCCCCUGGAGCACAACCUGCCUAUGCACUUCGGCCCCCAGCCGCGCCAUCGCUUCUGAUGCCCAAAGCCCUGCCCAGCCCCCCCCCAGCAGUCACUGGGCCUGGGGGUGGCGGUGGGGGACAGCGAGUCCUCCCC